CUGAUGUUGCACUAACGCCGUUAUAUAUACCGUCCCGGAGACCGCACCGAAGAGAGAGGAAAAGAACAGGAGAAAUUCUCUCCAUCUUUUUUUAAGCGCAGUUUCUCUCUCCCUCUCUCUGAGCGAAGAGAUUUUCUCUCACUUUCCCUCGUUUUCUCGGCGGUUUUUAAUCCUUUCCCGUCGUUUCCUAUCCUCUGAAAAGUCUUCCUCCCGCAGACGCCAUGUCGCAGGACAAAGGUCGUCCCCUGCCGAAAUUCGGUGAAUGGGAUGUCAAUGAUCCAGCUUCAGCUGAGGGUUUCACAGUGAUAUUUAACAAGGCCAGGGAUGAGAAGAAGACCGGUGGCAAACCUGAAUCACCCGGUAAAGCCACCGAUACUCAUCUUAAGCCUGGCACUGAUCCUACUAAACCUCCUCCUAAAAAAUGGCUUUGUUGCAUACAAUCUCCAUCUGUGGACUCUUGACAUUGGCAAGGUCUUGCGCGUUCGAAAUGCUUGCACAUCUAAAGCAUAUGGAUGUUCUUCUGUUAUUUAUUUCUCUUCUUCCAACAUAAGUUCCU